AUGAGUAGCCGUAUAGUUCUCGCCAUUUUGGCGGCUCUAGCUGCUAGUUUCUUGGUGCUCUCGUCCAGUCUUUCUGUGCCACUUUUCCUGCUCGCUGCAUCCCCUCGUACUUCAACUGUGAAGUACACAUCUGUUCCACUUUCCACUGAACAGAAGGAACACCUUAAGCGCUUGGGAUUGACCCCCAAAAACCCCGUGAACAUCACAGAUCCACUCACUGGUGCUACCCGAACCAUCCAUGGCAGGUUUGUCCAUAUCACAGACAUGCAUCCAGAUUCUCAUUACAAGCCCGGGUCUUUGCAUGAUGAGAUGUGCCAUUCUGGUAAAGGAGAAUCUGGAAAAUACGGAGACGCCAUCUUGGGGUGUGACUCGCCCAUGGAGUUGGUUGAGGAAACAAUCGAUUGGGUGGCUGACAAUUUAAAAGACAAGGUGGAUUUUAUUGUCUGGACUGGGGAUAAUAUGCGUCAUGACAACGAUAGAAAGCAUCCGAGAACGGAGCUGUCUAUUUUUGAAAUGAAUGAGAUCAUGGCCAAUAUGAUGCAUGAUAAGUUCGGUACGUUGCCCAUUCCUUCCUUGGGUAAUAAUGACGUUUUCCCCCACAAUUUGUUUGCACCUGGUCCUACUUUACAGACCAGAGAGUUCUUCAAAGUGUGGCAGAAGUUCAUUCCACAACUGCAGUUGCAUAUUUUCAACAGCGGAGCUUAUUUCUUCCAGGAGGUAAUUCCCAACCAAUUGGCGGUGCUUUCCAUUAAUACUCUUUAUCUUUUCCAGUCUAAUCCCCUUGUUGACUCGUGUGACCGGAAAAAGGACCCUGGCUACAAACUUUUCUUGUGGUUGGGCAACGUAUUAAAAGAGAUGCGGAAGAGAAAGAUGAAGGUCUGGUUAACUGGACAUGUUCCUCCCAAUGCAAAGAACUAUGACAUCUCGUGUCUUCGGAAGUACAUUGCUUGGACUCAUGAGUUUAGAGACGUUAUUGUUGGAGGUUUGUAUGGACAUAUGAACAUUGAUCAUUUCAUUCCAUUGGAUUCCGUGCAAGCAUACAAGUCGUUGCAGAAGAAAUUUAAGAAUGAGAAGUUUGACUUCUCCACGUUUGACGACGAUAUUUCUGCUGAAGAAGUUGAUGACAUCCCAGAUCUUGAGCUUGAAGACUUGUACAAGAUUUUCAACAGUCCAAUUUACAAUGACGAUGCUGACUCCGAGCUUGGAUUCAACUUUGAUUUUUCCAACAACGUAAGAAUUGAAGGUGGUAUUCCUAGCGGAAAGGUUGAAUACUUAGAAUCGCUCCGUGAGGCUUAUUACGCCAAUGUCAAAGGUAUUAAGAAGUCAGGUAAGAACUCUGAAAGAUACUCUAUUGUUCAUGUGACUGCUAGUGUGGUGCCAACGUUCAAUCCAGGUGUUAGAGUGUGGGAAUACAACAUCACCGAGUUGUGCGACAUUGAAACACUACAAGUGGAGAGUUGGGAUGACUUUUUCACCAGGAUUGACGGUAUUUUGGACGCUGACGACGACAGUGAGGAUGAAGGAUUCUCCAUUUUCAAGAAGAAAAAGAAAGAUAAGACUUUCCCACCUAAAAUGCCAGCCGAUGCCAAAUUGGGUCCAGGAUACGUUCCUCAAUUGUUCACACCCGAGAGAUAUGUUCAAUACUAUCUUGAUUUGGACGCGGUGAAUAAGGGCGAUAAGAAGUUUGAGUACGAGAUCGAAUACUGUACCGAUGAUCCAUUUCUUGAGAUGAAGGACUCAACUGUUGGAGAAUGGCUCAAGAUGGCACGUGAACUAGGUGAUCCUAUCAAGAGAUUGAAAAAGAAUAAAGCCAAGAAGGGUAAAGACGAAAAGAGAGAGGUGGAGGAAACGAAGAAAAGCAAGGACCUUGACGAUGAUUUCUUGGAACAGCUCUGGGAGUUGUUUCUUCAAUAUACAUUUGUCAGCUCUGGCUAUGAGCAUCGGGGCUAUGGUUGA